UUAUCGAUUCUUUGUUAAUUUAUUCAUACCGGGCAGUGGUGAAUACAAGGAAAGGACGACAUAAUGUCGAUGACGACGACGCGUUACUGGCCGGCCACAACAACUCUCUCGGUUUUGAAAACUUUCUUUCGUUUUUCAUUGAACAAGUUUUGUACGAACGAACAACAACACAAAUUGUGGUCGAACGCUUUUAGUUAAUAAUUAGUUAAAACACGUUUAUUACGCCAUUACUUUAAUAUCACCUUUGUUUUAAAUCAUUUUUCUUUUCUUUUUCUUUCUUUCUCCUAUGAAUUCGAAAAACAUUGUAUUCAACUUACUUUUCGCUUAUAAUUCAUCGAAUUCGAUCUAUGUCCGACAUCGAAGAGGAUCUUGCCGAGAGGCGACUCAAAAUUGUUCUUCUCGGUGAUUCCAGUUCUGGAAAAACUAGCAUCGCUUUGAAGUUUUGCACGAACGAAUUUACGAGACAAUAUACUCCAACAGCCGGUAUUGAUUUCUUUUUAAAAAAUAUCACAGUUGGUUCUUAUAAAAAUGUUAAUCUACACUUAUGGGAUGUCGGAGGACUUGCUCUUCAUGGCACCAUGUUAGAUAAAUAUGUCUUUGCAGCUAACAUCAUUCUUUUGGUAUACGACAUAACGAACUCUUCAAGUUUUGAAAUACUAGACGAAUGGACCAAUAAGAUUCGAGGAAUGAGCGAAAGUAUAGAAGAGACACCUUUAAUGGCAUUGAUAGGUAAUAAAUGUGACAUGGAACAUCAGAGAAGCGUUAAAAAAGAUAAAUCACAUCGUUAUGCUGCAGAAAAUGGAUUUCCAUAUUACGAUAUGUCUGCUAGAACUGGCGAAUCGGUAUCUCUGUGUAUCGUAAGUCUGGCUGCUCAAGUUUUAGGUGUAAGAUUAUCAAGAAAUGAUCAAGAUUUUCAUAAACCAAUAAUUAUCGCUGAAAUAGGAGAUACCGUGGAUAUGAACACGAUUCAUAAGGUUGUAAAAAGAUUUCCUAAUAAGAGACACAAUCCAAUUUCCUUUCAUUCACAUUUUUCUGGUUCUAAAUCAACAGUUUGCACAUUACAAUGAUUUAUUAUAUAAUAUUUAUAAAUUAAUUUAAUAUAUUAACGAGAA